GGUAACCUCGAUGAAUUAGAAAUGAUUCCAGUCACAGAACUAUCAUAUUUUGGAGAACAAGACCCAGCAUUCAAAAUCCUGAAACCCUGGUGGGAUGUGUUUGCAGAAUAUCUGACCCUUCUAAUGGUUUUGGUCUCAAUGUUUGGAGGAGCACUGCAGGUAUCAAGUGAGCAGAUUCUGUGUAUCCCAGUUCCAGAGGGUCUCUCCAUUCAAGAGCGCCAAUGGAACCACUCUAUUUUGGAGGAGCUCAAUCUUAGUGUGUUUGCUACUGGAUUCCAGACUGGCCUAGAUGUCCAGCAAUAUUACCUUAUUAAUCAGUGGUGCUAUGAUAAUGCAGUUAUUUGGUUUUCCAAAUAUUUCCCUUAUCUGGUACUUCUGCAUUCUCUGAUAUUUUUAAUCAGUAGCAAUUUUUGGUUCAAAUUUCCUGGCACAAGUUCGAAGAUUGAACAUUUUAUAACUGUGCUUGGGAAAUGCCUAGACUCUCCAUGGACCACCAAAGCGCUAUCAGAAACAGUAUAUGAGGAUCCAUUGAAAGUUGAUUCUUCUGAGUCAUUGUCCCAAGAGAUGACUUUCAGCAAUGACAUCCAUGAAGCAGAUAAAGUUUCUCUUUUAUCUAAAGGUUCCUCACAAGCUUUGAAAGCUGCUGGUGGUAUAAUGGUGGACAACUCCUCAGUGAAAAUUUUGGAUAAAAAAGAAGGUGAACAAGCAAAAUCAUUGUUUGAAAAGGUGAAGAAGUUCCGCCUCCACACAGAAGAGGGAGACAUUCUCUAUACAAUGUACUUGAAUCAGACCAUUGUCCGAGCUGUACAAAGUGUUGUUAUCCUUGUCUACAUCAGCAUUUUCAUUCCUCAAAUGUGUAACAACAUUCACUGCGUUGAUGCACUGCACAUCACAGGAUUCACUGACUUCUUCUGCAUUCAUGGUUUAUGGAGGAUGUUUCGAAUGUUAUCCUUAGUAUAUAUAACUGCAAUUGUCUUAUACAGUUGCACAUGUCUGUACACACUGCACUGGAUACUCUAUUACAAAUUAAAAGAGUAUUCAUUUGAAAAUGUGAGGGUUGAGACUGGGAUGGAUGAUAUUCCUGAUGUAAGAAACGAUUUUGCAUUCUUGCUUCAUCUUAUCGAUCAAUAUGACAAACUUUAUGCCAGGAAGUUUGCUGUGUUCCUGUCAGAUGUGAGUGAGAACAAACUUCUUCAGCUCAAUUUGAAUCAUGAGUGGAGUCAAGAGCGACUAAAGCAGCGUCUCAUCACAAACAUUGAGAACAAAGUUGAGAUGCACCUCUUCAUGAUGCCUGGAAUUCCAAUCCAGGUUUAUGACCUGACUGAGAUUGAGGUGUUAAAGCUGGAACUCAUCAAAGGUGUUGCCAUUUCUGCAGCCAUCUCCAACCUCAAAAUGAUGAAAGAAAUGUGGUUAUACAAUUGUUCAGUUAAGGUGGAAAGGCAGGCACUUUUAUUCUUGAAGGAGAAUUUGAUAACUUUACGUGUACGGUUUGGUAUUGCUGAUGAAAUACCUCCAUGGAUAUUCACCUUGAAAAGUUUGCGUGAGCUCUAUAUUGAAGGGCAACUGCAAACAGACAGCAAAAUCUCCACAGCUCUGCAAAUGUUUCGUGAGCUCCCUAAGGUAGACACUUUGCAUCUGAAAACUAAUAUAACUAAGCUGCCAACUGCAAUUUUAGACAUGGCACCUCACCUUCUAUGCUUGAUAAUUCACAACGAAGGUGUAAAAAUAACAUCUCUUGCAACCAUUAAGAAGCUUUUCUGCCUGACUCUCUUGAGGCUGCUCCACUGUAAUUUGGAAAGAAUUCCUAGUGCCAUCUUCAGCUUGACCAACUUACAGGAACUGGAUCUCAAAGACAACAACCUAAGUUCGACAGAGGAGCUUGCCAGUUGCCAAAACCUUCGAAAGCUCAUCUGUCUCAGAUUGUGGCAUAACAACAUCUCUUCAAUUCCUGUUCACAUUGCCAAAAUUGCUAACCUUGAAAUGCUUUAUCUGAAUAAGAACAAGAUUGAAUUCCUGCCUCCAAGUUUGUUUAAACUUACAAAGCUACUCUUCCUAGAUGUCUCACACAAUCACAUCUCCAAGAUCCCUCCUGAUAUAGACCAGCUCGUAGAGCUGCAGCAUUUUGCUAUAGAAUGCAAUAAGGUGACCGAAUUACCAGAAAACCUUUUCUCUUGCACCAAGCUUCGGGUGCUCAAUAUCUCACAUAAUAAUUUAACUCACCUUUCUCCUUCAAUUGGACGUCUUCGGCAACUGCAAUUUCUGGACAUUAAAGUCAACAAACUGGAUAAACUUCCAGUUGAAUUGGGACAAUGUGUUUUCCUCCACAAAAACCAACUGAUUGUAGAAGAUGAUAUUUUUAAAACCCUACCUCUGGAAGUCAGGGAGCAGAUUACAAAUAUCACAUCAAGCUAA